GACACGCCGCUGCAGAAACGGAAGUGAUCGGUUCGGUCUUGAUGCCUGAGCCAUGGGCACUUGGACCGGACCCGCUGGGUCCUUGCUGCUCGUCUUAAUCGCUCUGGUUUCUCUUUCGGCUGCUUGGGACGCGGACCUGGAGCUGCUGGACCUCGUCGAGGAGAUCCCACAGACCUUCUACCAGUUCAUGUCCCUGGAACCGGACGCCUCAGCAGCCGAGAUCAAGAAGUCGUACCGACGUUUAUCUCUCAUCCUCCAUCCUGAUAAGAACAAGCACGAAGAUGCCGAGACUCAGUUCAGACAGCUAGUCGGCAUUUACGAGGUCCUGAAGGACGAGGAAAGGCGGCGCAAGUAUGAUGACAUCCUGGUCAACGGGCUUCCUGACUGGAGGCAGCCAGUCUUCUACUACAGAAGAGUCCGAAAGAUGAGCAACACUGAGCUGGCCUUCCUCCUCUUCCUCAUCCUCACUGUGGGACACUAUGCUGUCAUCUGGUCCAUCUACCUGGAGAAGCAGCUGGACCAGCUGCUGAGUAAGAAGAAGAAGGAACGGAAAAAGAAGUUGAGUGCCAGACCACCGGACGAGGGCAAGAGUGAUGGGUCGGAUCAGGUCGACAGAGCCGACGAACGACCCCACUGGCAGGACCUCCUCCCACUGAAAGUCAGCAUAUGGCUGUACCAGUCAGUCAGAAACCUUCCAGAGACCAUCCAGGAGGUCCAGCAGUACUACGAGGAGUACAAGCUGAUGAAGCAGCAGCAGAAAGAGGAGGCUGAAGCAGAUCAGUGUGUGCCCAGAGAGAAGAAGCCGAAGGUCAAGAAGCCCAAAAUGGAGUUUCCUGUUUAUGAGCCAGUAGCACAGAAUCAGAAUUUCGGUGAGACCAAGUCGAUUGAGGACCUGGAGGAGGAGGUGGACGUGUGGCUGCAGGACCACAAGGCCAAGAAGAAGGCAGCCUGUUGGACCGAGCAAGAACUGAGCUGUCUCAGCAGGCUGAUGGUCAAAUUCCCAGGUGGGACUCCUGGCCGCUGGGACAAGAUUGCUCAUGAGCUCGGGCGAUCGGUGGUGGAGGUGACCACCAAAGUCAAGCAGGCCAAAGAGAAUGUCAGCGUCACACCAGGUCUGGUGAAACUGUCUGAGCUGAAGGCGCCGGCUCACAUGGCGACUCAGCGAGGAGCGGCUGGAGAAGAGUCCGAGGAUGGAGCGGUUCCAGCAGUCCGACAGAGAAACAAGAAGUCUCAACAAGCCUCUGCAUCAGAUGGGUCUGAGGUGCGUGUCAGAGGUCGGCGCCAGCAGGACUUUGACCCGAACAGCGUGGAGGAAGAAGACGAGCCAAACAGCAGUCAGAAGGUGGAGCCUGCCGCCUGGACUCAGAACCAACAGAAACUUCUCGAGCUGGCUCUGCAACAGUUUCCCAGAGGCACCACGGAUCGCUGGGACCGGAUCGCCAAAGUGGUGCCUGGGAAGAGUAAAGAAGAUUGCGUGAGCCGUUACAAGCUGCUAGCUGAACUUGUGCAGAAGAAAAGACAAGCGCCACACCCUCAAAGUGAACUUUGACCAAUGCUCAUUGCUGACUCACUUGACCUUUGACCUCUACUGUGCCUUAAGCCCCACCCCUCAGCUGUCUAUCAUUUGUGUUCACAAAUAAACAUAUUUA